GAGAGACCAAAAGGUGGAGCUCACUGUUCUUUUCCUUCUUGCUUACAUCAAAGAUUAACUUUUUAUACUGUUUUUAAGUGAGUUUGUUGUGGGAGAAAGAAAUAAAGAGAGGAAUCCAAUUCGUUAUCCAAAGACACCACCUUUUUGGGGUUUUUAGUACUGUAAAGAGAGUUUGCAGCAAAUAUAUAUCAUAAGUGCAUUUAGACAAAGCUAAAAAGAAUAGAGGAAAAAAAGCAUAUUCUUGCUGCUAUUGUUUUUCCUUUGAGAAAGAGAAUCUAAACUUAAGAUAUUCAUAGUGGGAAUCUUUGGGGUCUCAAAAAUUAAACCAUUCAUUGGUUUUCUUGAAAGGAAAAAAUAGAAAGAGGGACACACAGUUAGCAAAUAAUAAUGGUUUCGAGAUCAUAUUCCAACUUACUAGAUCUUACUUCUGGUGAUUCACCAACGUUCGGUCGAGGGGGUAGGAAGCUUUCGAGGGUUGCAACUGUAGCUGGGGUUUUAUCUGAGCUUGAUGAUGAAAGUAAAAGUAAUGCUUCUGAUGCUCCAUCAUCGAUUUCUCAAGAACGGAUGAUAAUUGUUGGGAAUCAACUUCCUCUUAGAGCACAUAAGAGAACAGAUGGUGAAAAAGGCUGGAACUUUAGUUGGGACGAGGAUUCCCUUCUUUUACAGCUAAAAGAUGGUCUUGGAGAAGAUAUAGAAGUGAUUUAUGUAGGCAGCCUUAAAGAAGAAAUUGACCCGAGUGAGCAAGAUGAUGUUGCCCAAACUUUGCUCGAAACGUUUAAAUGCGUACCAGCUUUCAUACCACCUGAGUUGUUCAGUAAAUUCUAUCUUGGUUUCUGCAAACAGCAUUUAUGGCCUUUGUUUCACUAUAUGCUUCCGCUAUCUCCAGAUCUUGGUGGUCGAUUUGAUCGGUCGCUCUGGCAAGCUUAUGUCUCGGUGAACAAAAUCUUCGCGGACAAAGUAAUGGAAGUGAUUAAUCCUGAUGAUGAUUUUGUCUGGGUUCAUGAUUACCAUUUGAUGGUUUUACCUACAUUCUUGAGGAAGAGGUUUAACAGAGUGAAGCUCGGAUUUUUCCUCCAUAGCCCGUUUCCAUCGUCUGAGAUAUACCGAACUCUACCUAUAAGGGAUGAAAUUCUUCGAGCACUCUUGAACUCUGACCUUAUAGGCUUUCAUACCUUUGAUUAUGCAAGACAUUUCCUUUCUUGUUGUAGUAGAAUGCUCGGUAUUUCGUAUCAAUCUAAACGAGGUUAUAUAGGAUUAGAGUACUAUGGCCGCACUGUUAGCAUUAAGAUUCUGCCAGUUGGAAUUCAUAUGGGUCAACUUCGAUCGGUGCUGGAACUUCAUGAGACAGAAACAAGGGUUGCAGAGCUACGAGAUAAAUUCUAUGGUCAGACGGUUUUACUUGGAGUUGAUGAUAUGGAUAUAUUCAAAGGAAUAAGCUUGAAACUUUUGGCGUUCGAGCUUCUCCUCUCUCAACAUCCUGAUAAGAGAGGUGAACUGGUUUUGGUUCAAAUUGCAAAUCCUGCCAGAGGCCGAGGGAAAGAUGUGGAGGAAGUCCGGGCUGAAACUUAUGCAACUGUAAAUAGAAUUAAUCAGAAAUUUGGAAGGACUGGAUAUGAACCGGUUAUCCUGGUUGAUAAGCCUCUUCAGUUCUACGAGCGCAUUGCUUACUAUGCUGUUGCGGAAUGCUGUCUUGUUACUGCAGUAAGGGACGGCAUGAAUCUAAUACCUUAUGAAUAUGUUAUAUGCCGGCAAGGAACCGAGAAGCUGGAUGCUACCUUGGGGUUGGACCCCACAGAACCAAAGAAGAGCAUGUUGGUUGUUUCCGAGUUUAUCGGUUGCUCUCCAUCUCUCAGUGGUGCAAUAAGGGUCAAUCCGUGGAAUAUUGAUGCUGUUGCUGAAGCUAUGGAUUCUGCUUUAAUUGUAUCUGAGGCAGAAAAGCAGAUGCGUCAUGAGAAGCAUUAUAAGUAUGUGUGUACUCAUGAUGUGGCAUAUUGGGCUCAGAGCUUUUUGCAAGAUCUUGAAAGAGCGUGUCGGGAUCAUGUGAGAAGGAGGUGUUGGGGUAUUGGAUUUGGAUUGGGGUUCCGUGUGGUUGCCUUGGAUCCUAGCUUCCGGAAACUUUCAGUUGAGCAUAUUGUAUCUGCUUACAAAAGGACCAAGAACCGGGCGAUCCUUUUGGAUUAUGAUGGUACAAUGACAGUGAGAAACUCUAUCAGCAAGGGUCCCAAUGCCGAGGUUAUUAGUAUCUUAAACAACUUGUGCAGGGAUCCGAAGAAUAUCGUUUUCAUUGUUAGUGGAAAAGACACAAAGACUUUAACUCAGUGGUUUUCUUCGUGUGAAACACUAGGGCUUGCAGCAGAGCAUGGCUAUUUUGUGAGGCCAAAUCGCGAUGCCAAAUGGGAAACUUGUGUUGCAGUGGUGGACUUUUAUUGGAAGCAGAUUGCUGAGCCUGUAAUGAGCCUCUACACAGAAACCACUGAUGGUUCCUUCAUAGAUAGCAAGGAAAGCACGCUUGUUUGGAAUUACCAAUACGCAGACCCAGAUUUUGGAUCAUGUCAAGCAAAAGAGCUUCUAGAUCACUUGAAAAGCGUUCUUGCAAAUGAACCGGUUACUGUCAAGAGUGGCCAGCACAUUGUAGAAGUUAAGCCUCAGGGUGUCAACAAAGGUCUUGUAGCAGAACGUCUCCUAGAAACAAUGCAGCAGAGAGGAACGGCUGCAGAUUUUGUGCUCUGCAUAGGGGAUGAUCGAUCAGACGAGGAUAUGUUCGAGGUGAUAAUGAGUGCUGUCGCAAGUGCCUCGCUUUCCCCAGUCGCUGAAGUGUUUGCUUGCACAGUUGGCCAGAAACCAAGCAAGGCCAAGUAUUAUUUAGAGGACACGACGGAGAUUCUAAGAAUGUUGGAGGGCCUGGCUUCUGCUUCUGAGCAUUCUGCUAAACAUGUUUCUAUAUCUCCUCAACGCGUAAUCAUCGACCGAGAAUAGGCAAAUGAAUAUCUGAAGAGUGAAAAAAAAAAAAAAAAAUUGAAAGAAGGCUUUCUUGGACAUGAACAGUUGCUAUUAAGUGUAUUGAAUCUUCUACUUAGUUGAUUUUCUUUUGGGAUCUUUGUUAGCUGUCUCCUAGAAAUAUCAUCGUCUUUUGUUUGCCGAUUGGUUAAAGGUAUGUUUGUUGUCCAGUUCAACUGGAAUUUAAACAUAAAUGUAAAUUAGCUAUUCAUUUAGUGCAA